AUGGAUUCUCUCAUGGAGACAACACGCGCAUUAGAAUACAUCGCUGGUGCCCGCAUGGAUUCUCUCAUGGAGACAACACGCACAUUAGAAUAUAUCGCUGGUGCCCGCAUGGAUUCUCUCAUGGAGACAACACGUGCAUUAGAAUAUAUCGCUGGUGCCCGCAUGGAUUCUCUCACGGAGACAACACGCGCAUUAGAAUAUAUCGCUGGUGCCCGCAUGGAUUCUCUCAUGGAGACAACACGUGCAUUAGAAUAUAUCGCUGGUGCCCGCAUGGAUUCUCUCAUGGAGACAACACGCGCAUUAGAAUAUAUCGCUGGUGCCCACAUGGAUUCUCUCAUGGAGACAACACGCGCAUUAGAAUAUAUCGCUGGUGCCCGCAUGAUCAGAAUGAAUUUGGAAAGAUCGAAAUAA